CACCCAUCAAAUCUAGAUGUUUGUAGACGACUGCAAUCUCUUGAGGUCUCUCAAAGAGUACGACAAAGCUUUGCGAGUUGUUUAUGCAGUCAUGAAGGCACAGUCAAAUAAGAGGUACCCCAAUGUUUGUAACACUUAUGCCAACCAUAAAAGCAACGCAGGAGGUGACUAUUUCUCAUGGGAAGUUGAGCAUCUCGGAUCCGUCGACGUACUUUCAUUUGGAAACUUGUUUUAUGUGGCUGCACUGUGUCAUGUUGACCGAGGACGAGAGCUUCGGGGAAACCGUCACACUGGCCAUAAAGGUGCCUGGAUCUUUGCCGGUUUGUUGGAAGAAUUUGUUCGUAAUAAAUGCAACCGAUUUCCAGCAAUAGGAGACGAGGCAAACAUCGUCAUGCUUGGAUUCUUGAUGAUGGAAAUGGAAGAACAUCAGAAAGCAAUCGAAAUGUUCAACUGGGCGUUAGAGAUCAGCCCUUCCUCCCUUCAUGCGGAGGUCUACCGCGAUUUGGCCGCAGACGAGAUUAACAAAAAUCUCAACAACAAAAAAACUUAAAUGUUCAUCUGAAGUCACAUGUGAUCUGCAGUAUUAGCGUGUUUUCCUUCCUUAUUGUUUUCGGUUUCGUCGCGCAACAUGUGGGGAGAAGUGUUGCAUGUUGAAUGAAGCGACGACAGGUUUUGAUUGCUCGCAGUCUCGCGUUUGGCUGAACGCGUGUUUCCGUCGUGUUUAUGUUCGCAACGGAGUGUAAGCAUUAAAGGAGACAAUAUGGACGAGAAAGGAUUGGGGCGGGACGAUAAAUCGAACUCAGUUCUGUGAGCCCAUAGACGGAGUAGAGCGACUGGUCCGAACAUUGGUCCAAAACUUGUAUCCCAAUUUACAAGAACUCAAAAAUUUAAGCCAAGAACCAAAAGAAUAAACGCAAACAGGACGAUUUGAAAGCCUACAGUUCAGAAAAGUGCUGAGGUGACAAUGUGUAGGGGUGUAGUGUGUUGUCGAAGACGUUUAUUCUGCUCGUUCAUACACACCGCGUGGAUGUGUGUGCUUUCUGGAUUUGCUUAAUGUGCUAGCCUACUUAAAUAUGCGUACACAAAAUAUAACAUACAAUAGGUGCUAAUUAGCACGUGUCAAUAUCUUACAUCCCCUUCUCUUAAAAACUAUGUUAGUUGGAAUGAAAACAAGCAAAAACAAAAUAUUCAUUCGGGCCAACGUCUCAAGUACAAGUAUCUUGUAUAUAUGUUGACAAUGAAUAAAAUUAGAAUAUAUAGGGAUUUGCUGUCUAGUGUUCAUGUAUCAUACUAAUAAUAACUACUAAAGCAAGCGUCAGAGAUUAAGUCUUUCCGGUGACCGGAUAUCACGUCCCGCGCGAGAUUUUCUUGGUCCCUUCUCGGCUUCUGGUAAGGUGGGACAUUGCGAUUUGGCGCUUGAGGGCCCGCCGUAUAAUCAAAUUGCCACUCAAUGGGUUGUUUGCUGAACUGCCUGCUGCGGUGGAUUCUCGUGGAUUGGCGCUUGAAGAUUGUGCGGACAUACUUCCUUGAGGAGUGCAACUCGACAAGUUGUUUGCUAAGGUGUUGGAAACAUUAUUUGGUCUAAGAUGCAGGGUUUUCCCUACAAUUUUUCCUUUGAGAGUCUCUUGGACUCCUUCAACCUAAGGUUGAGGGUCCAGAAGAAAAACAUGGGGGUCCCACGGUUAGAGUUUUAAAUUCCAGGAGAACAAUCUAAUCUUUUGGCCUUCCCCUUUUAGUAAAGUUUCUUCCCGAGGCAAUAACAGACUGGUACAUGCAUGUAGUGGUUUGGGAAAUACAUUACUGUACUGUAUUCCCUAAUUUCUUUUCAAUGGAGACGUCACAUGUUUCAUCAAGCAUCAGUCCAAUAACAGGUGUGCGAGAAUCAUUUAGUUUUUUUUAUCAAGUUAUCUUCAACACAUUUGGCCAAAACAGAUUCCAUCUCUGAAACAAUGUCGGGUUUCUUGUAAAAAACAGAAGCAUCACUACAUCCAAUAGCAGCCUUAAGUUCCAUUAUUGGAAUAAAGUUAUCAGCAGCAAUGUUGUUCUUCAUUGUAACAUAUACCGUUCUAAGCUGGACAACGUGUCUUCUCGUGAUUUCCUGUGUUUCAUACUCAAUGUUCUUCUUUGCAUUUGCAACUGCCACUUGAAAGCUUUUUCAGAGCUUGAGGUCACUGAUACUCGUAAUGUGAUCUUUCGAAUUUUGGUGCCUUUUCCAGGGCCGACUUCUAAUAAUUGUUACAGCCAGUUGUUGUGAAAGGGUUUUUCUUACCKGUCAUCUUACAGAUAUCACAAUACAUUUUUUCGUUUUCUUCUUUCAACCACGUGAAUUCUUCCAUCCAAGCUGGAAAGAAACGCCUCUUUUUUUUCGCGGGCUGUAAUUCCGAAUCCGCUAUCUUGCAUUGUGUGCCACAAUGCCUCACAAUCGCGCAUUAGUUCUCGAGCCUCUGCGAGGAGUUCACAGCAAGAGCAAGCUUGAGAACGAGAAAAACAAAAGGUGGCGCUGUAAUAGUCGAUUCAAAGGAGUGAAUGUGCCAGAUUUGGGAGUUGAAAGAUGGACUAUGAAAACAGAACAAAGAAUCCAAAUUCUAAUUUUAUUCUCAAGAGAAUUUUUCGCAGAUCUAUUCAGGUUUAAAUUAAGUCAGUAGUAAACUACUAUCCUGAACCAUGUGCGUCCGAGAGGACCCGUCCUCCUUGCCGUUUUGCGUCCCUUUUCCAUUUCUCAGCCAAACAGUGCCUCUCGGACGCGCAUUUGCGCGUAAGGGAAAACCCUGAAGAUGGAUUCUGUUUCUUCGUAGUUGAGCACCAGUUCCAGUUUCUAUAAUAUACGAGCCGGAUAUCUCUCCCUGAUCUAUGACUCUAGCAGGAUUCCAUGUCUUUCUCACGGGGUCUUGUGCAUAGAUGGCUUGGUCCCUGCGUAGUUCAGAGGGUUCCUUGGUGUGUCUGUUGUAAUAGUAGCAUUGGUUGUCUUGUCUCGCUUUGAGCCAAUUUCUAACUUCUUCUGAGUUCUUUGAUGGCUGGAUAUUACUAGGAAGUGUGGAUUUGAAUACUCGGCCAUUCAGUAAUUCAGCCACUGAUGGUAUAUUGGAACUCAGGGGCGUUGUUCGUAGAGCUAACAGGGCUAGAUCUAUGUCUUCUUUAGUUUCUCUGCAUUUUGGGAUCGUCUUCUUAACCGUUUGGACUUGGCGUUCAACGAACCCAUGGCCACGUGGGUAAUGUGAAGAUGACGUCACAAUUUCAAAACCAUGUUGGCUUGCCAGUUGUUGGAACUCGCCGGAUGUAAACUGAGUACCGUUGUCGCAUUGAAGAGAUUCUGGGAUUUCAUUUUCUGCGAACAGCAUUUCCAUCUCAUUAACAAUGGUUCCGGUUGUGAGGUUGUGAAGCUUCUUGACAAAUGGGAACUUGGAGAAGUAGUCGACAACUAUGAGGAACCACUACUGUUGGACGUGGAACAGGUCUGCGCUCAAUGUUUGCCACGGUCUUGAAGGGAUCUCUGAUGGCAUCAUAGGCUUUUGUUGGGAAUUGUGGUAUUUCUGGCAAACGCAACAUGAGUUUACGAGGUUUUCUAUUUCUUUGUAUACGCUUGGCCAAUAAACACAGGAUUUGGCUCGUAGCUUGCAUUUUUCUAUACCAAAGUGCCCUUCGUGGGUUUGCUGCAAGAUGUUGCCUCUCAGGGAUUCAGGUACUAUAACACGGCUUCCAAGAAGUAUCAGCCCAUCUUCUACUGAUAUGUCAUCUCUUAGGGGUCAGUACGGUUUUAGCGCCGGAACAAUUUUCUUCCCGCUAUCGGGCCAACCUUGUAUAACCUGGAAGAUAUUUAAUAACGCAGUCGUAGGGUUGUAGACGCAACAGCAUUCUUUGAAGGCGUGGAGGUGCUUGCAUCAGGUUCUUUUUAUGGAUCUGUUCAAGGGGCGAUGGUCCGUUUUAACCACAAACGAUCUUCCAUAGAGGUACGAAUGGAAUUUUUCGCAGCCAUAGACCACUGCUAAUAGUUCCCGUUCGAUAUUAGCAUAUCUGGUCUCCGCAUGGGUAAGUGCUUUCGAUGCAAAGGCUAUUGGUUUGUUGUUUUGGAAAAGAGCUGCGCCCAAGCCCUUAAUUGAUGUUUCGACGUGAAGGACAACUGGUUCAUUUCUGUCAGAGUACGCCAGGGUCGUUGUGGUACUUAUCCAUGACUUCACCUUCUCAAAGGCUUUCGAAUGUGAUGGAUUCCAUGCAAAGUCAACGUUCUCUUUUAAGAGAUUUCUUAAGGGGGCAGUGUGGUCAGCUAGAUUGGUGAUGAAUGAGCUCAUGUAUAUUGCCAUCCCCAAAAAGGUGUGAAGUUCUUUCUUGUCUUUGGGUGGUUCUAACUUUUCUAUGGCUCUGACUUUAUCUGGGCUGGGCUUGACAUCGUCUGGUGUGUAAAGCAUACCAAAGAAAUAUCACUCCUUUGUUUUGAUAACGCACUUCUCGUCAUUGAGCUUGUUGCCAGCCUUUCUGGUACGUUCCAUGGUUUCGUGUAGGUAGAAGUCAUGCUCUUUGUCGUUCUUUCCAUAGACUGUGACUUCAUCUGCAAUGCCAAUGGCUCCCUGGCAAUCACGAUACGUCUCGUCAAUCUUAAAUUGGAAGAUAUCUUGACUCAUUCGUUCGCCAAACGGCAUCCUGAGGAAACAGUAUCGUCCAAAAUGGUGUAUUAAAGAUUGUCAGGUACGAGGAUUCCUCACCUACUUUGACAUUCCAAUAGCCAUUGCGAGCGUCGAGCUUGCUAAAAAGCUUCGCUCCUGCUAAUUUGGCUGUGAUUUCCUCUAGAGUGGAUAUGGAAUGAUGUUCUCUUUUGAUCGCCUUAUUCAGGUCUUUAGGAUCCAGACAUAACCGAAGUCGCCCAUUUUCUUUUUCUCUAAUAACCAGGGAGUUAACCCAAUCUGUAGGUUGCGUUACUUUUGCAAUGAUAUCUUGGCUUUCCAUCUCACGUAAUUCGGCUUGUAAUUUGUCUUUCAAUUCUAUGGGCACUUUGCGGGGUGCAUGGACCACCGGUGAUACUUUAGGAUCCAGUGUGAUGUGAUACGUAUAGUUGUCAAAACAUCCAACUGUGCCAUUGAAACAUUCUGGAUAGAUUUCCAUCAGCUCUUGUUUUCUUGGAAUUGAUAGCCGCUCUUCCAGUGGUACAUGACUUCCAAAGUGACUCUAGCUUUUCUUGCAAGUACCCGAAUUUUGAGCUGGGGCAUUGGAGCUGCUAGUUGGAUCAGCCUGGUCUAAUUGAUUUGUUCUUAGUGUACAGUGUAGGGAGACUAGUUUUAGUGCAGUGCACGCUUUUAGACCGAGAAUAGCUGGCCCCGAAGUGUCUGUGACGUAGAAAAUGGAGUUGAUCUUCUCUUUGUACUUGCAAGGGACGUUUAUAGUGCCAAGCUGCUUGAUUACAGAGCUACCAUAUGCUGAAAGGACGGCUUCAUUCUUUUCCAGUGCUUCUGGUUUGGGGUUUCCUUCGUCGUCAAACUUCUCUCGGGCGAUUAUGCGAAGUAGCCUGAUAGGCAAAACAUUGCUCUGUGCACCUGUGUCUACCUUGUACUGGAGAAUGGCAUCUAUACUUCUAUCCUCUUGAUGGCUUUCGCUACUUCCUGCCAGUGUCUUCAAAUGUUUACUUGUCGCCUCGUUGCUUCAUGCAGUCUCAAUAGCGGCUGCAAGGGUCAAUGAUGUGUCUCGGCUUAUGAGAGACUUCUGGACAUCGGGAUUUCUUGACCCCAAAUGAGCUGAUCCAAAACUCUGUCUUGGGCUUCGGCGUUGUCGCGAAAUUGACAUUUUGCUGCUAGAUUUUUUAAUCUUGAGAUAAAAUCAUCCGCUGGCUCGCCUUGUUCUUGCAUUCGCAUUCCUUGUAGUGUGUAUCUGUGAAUUCGAUGACUCGGCUUCGGCUCCAGUUGAUUCUCGAACCGUUCGAAAAUAAUGGCAGGCUUUUUCCUGCCUUCCUCCUUUGUGAAUGUCCAACUGUUGUAUAAAUCCAGGCCUUUUUCACCCGACCAGAGUAAAAUAUAGCUCACUUUUUCUUCGUCACUGGCGUCUUUGAGAACGCUUGAAAACACAAGCUGACAUUUUUGUUUGAAUCUUGCGAAUGCAGUUAUCGGAUCAGGAACGUCCCAGUUCAUCUGUGGCGACGCAAACGACGUUGCUGGUGCCAUAAUUCGCUUCUACUGGCCUCUCUCGAUUUAACUUUAAAAAUUAUUCUUUAAAACGCUGCCACCAUGUAGUAUGUUAUCCAAGACGUUUAUUCUGCUUGUUGAUACACACCGCGUGGAUGUGUGUGCUUUCUAGAUUUGCUUAAUGUGCUAGCCUACUUAAAUAUGCGUACACAAAAUAUAUAUACCACAAGUGCUAAUUAUCACGUGCCAAUAUGUUAGAAGAGGUGAUAAGAUCGUGAUAAAAUACUAAAGGGUGAUGCUAACGCUGUUGUAAAACAGGCAUCAUUUUGGCUCCAGCUUUUCAUGCAACAGUGUGAGUUGCAAGCCGGAGAUGUAUUACCAUCCGCACGCGCAACAAAUUUUUAUGUAGCAAAAAAGUAGAAACGACUUCUACUUUCUGAGCUAACCGCCUACCGGUUAGCUCAGUUGGUACAGCACCGGACUACCGUGGGGGAGAGUGCGGGUUCAAAUCCCGGCCAGACCAACACUCAGGGUCGUAAAAUAAUUGAGGAGAAAGUGCUGCCUUUGUAGUGACAUCUGCAAACGGUUAAACUUUCUAGUCUUCAUGGAUAAGGAGGAUAAGCCGUAGGUCCCGUCUCACAACACUUGUUCCCAGUCUCUUGGACGUUAAACAACCCACACACUGUUCGAAAAGAGUAGGGGACGUAGUUCCCGGCCCGGUGUAGUGGUCUAUCUCUACCUCUGGUUUCAUCCGUCAUUUCAAGC